GCGGUGCCGUGUGGGCGUGGGCGUGGCUAAACGGAGGAGGACCGCGUUGGGGACUGAGCGGAGGGAGCGGAGUCGCGCGGAGCGGAGAGUGGGGCACAGCGGCCAUGAAGCUCAACAUUGAUGGUCUUCUUGUCGUCUUUCCCUAUGACUACAUCUACCCCGAGCAGUUCUCCUAUAUGCAGGAGCUCAAGCGGACCCUGGAUGCGAAGGGCCAUGGUGUCCUGGAGAUGCCAUCAGGGACCGGGAAGACAGUGUCACUGUUGUCCCUCAUCGUCGCAUACCAACGGGCGCGGCCGCUCGAUGUCACCAAACUCAUCUACUGCUCACGAACUGUUCCAGAGAUUGAGAAGGUGGUGGAGGAGCUCCGGAAGCUUCUAGAUUUCUACGAGAAGGAGUUGGGCGAGAAGAUCCCGUUCCUGGGAUUGGCGCUGAGCUCCCGCAAGAACCUCUGCAUCCACCCCGAGGUGUCGUCCCUGCGGUUUGGCAAAGAGGUGGAUGGGCGCUGCCUCAGCCUCACGGCGUCCUACGUGCGUGCCCAGCGCCAGCACGACCCCAGCAUCCCCGGCUGCCGCUUCUACGAGGAUUUCGACACCCACGGGCGUGAGGAGCCAAUCCCGUUCGGUGUCUACAACCUCGACGACCUCAGAGCCUUCGGGCGCCGCACGGGCUGGUGCCCCUACUUCCUCGCCCGAUACUCAAUCCUGCACGCCAACGUCGUGGUUUACAGCUACCAUUACCUGCUGGAUCCCAAGAUCGCUGACCUUGUCUCCAAGGAACUCGCCCGCAAAUCCGUCGUCGUGUUCGAUGAGGCCCAUAACAUCGGUCAGAGACACAGUGUGCAUCGAUGCGAUGGGGGUGACGCUGACGCGCCGAACGCUCGACCGCUGCCACAGCGCUCUGAACACGCUGCACACCAACAUCCAGCGGUGACGUACUGGGAAUGGAGGGAACUGGGAGCACUGGGAGUGGGGAGCCAGGGGGUACUGGGAACGGGGAGCCAGGGGGAACUGGAAGCACUGGAAAUGGGGCUCUGGGGGAACUGGGAAUGGGGAUCUAGGGGGAACUGGGAGCACUGGUGCUGGGGCUCUGGGGGAACUGGGAAUGGGGAUCUAGGGGAAACUGGGAGCCCUGGUGCUGGGGCACUGGGAGCACUGGGAGUGCUGCCCCCCCUCAGGCUGAAGGAGACGGACGCGCAGCGGCUGCGGGAGGAGUACCAGCGGCUGCUGGAGGGGCUGCGCCAGACGGGCGCUGCGCGCGACACCGACCUCUUCCUUGCCAACCCCGUCCUGCCCGAUGCCAUCCUGCAAGAGUCCGUUCCGGGCAGUAUCCGUACGGCCGAGCACUUUGUGGGGUUCCUGCGGCGGCUGUUGGCAUAUCUGCGGGCAAGAGUGCGGGGGCCACGCGUGGUUCAGGAGAGCCCUCCUGCCUUCCUCAAGGACCUCUACGAGCGUGUCUGCAUCGACCGCAAGCCCUUACGGUUCUGUGCUGAGCGGCUGCAGUCGCUCCUGCGGACGUUGGAGAUUGCAACCAUCGCCGACUUCACCCCUCUCGCGCUCCUCACGACCUUCGCCACCCUUGUCAGCUCCUACAGCCGAGGUUUCACCAUCAUCAUUGAACCCUUUGAUGAGCGAAACCCGAGUGUCGCGAACCCUGUCCUGCACUUCAGCUGUAUGGACGCCUCCAUCGCCAUCAAACCCGUCUUCGAGCGCUUCCAGUCCGUCAUCAUCACUUCAGGGACUCUCUCCCCGCUGGACAUGUACCCCAAAAUCCUGGAUUUCCGCCCUGUUACCAUGGCAACGUUCACCAUGACGCUGGCCCGGACCUGCCUCUGUCCCAUGAUUGUGAGUCGCGGCAACGACCAAGUGGCCAUUAGCUCCAAAUAUGAGACCCGCGAGGACAUCGCUGUUGUGCGGAACCUCGGGGCGCUGCUGGUGGCACUGGCGGCCGUUGUCCCCGAUGGCCUCGUUGCCUUCUUCACCAGUUACGGCCACCUUGAAGCCACUGUGGCCGCCUGGUACCAGCAGGGGAUCCUGGAGAACAUCCAGCGCAACAAACUGAUCUUCAUCGAGACUCAGGAUGGCGCUGAGACCAGCGUUGCCCUCGAGAAGUACCAGGAGGCGUGUGAGAACGGUCGCGGCGCUGUCCUUCUGUCUGUGGCCCGAGGGAAAGUGUCUGAGGGCAUCGACUUCGUUCACCACUAUGGCCGUGCUGUCAUCAUGUUUGGGGUUCCCUACGUCUACACCCAGAGCCGCAUCCUGAAGGCGCGGCUGCAGUUCCUGCGGGAUCAGUUCCAGAUCCGAGAGAACGACUUCCUGGCGUUUGAUGCAAUGCGCCACGCGGCACAAUGUGUGGGGCGGGCGCUGCGUGGAAAAGCUGACUACGGCCUCAUGGUCUUCGCUGACAAGCGCUUUGCCCGCGCCGACAAGCGUGGGAAGCUGCCGCGCUGGAUCCAGGAUCACCUGACAGAUUCCAACCUCAACCUGACGGUGGACGAGGCUGUACAGGUCGCCAAGUUCUUCCUGCGCCAAAUGGCUCAGCCGUUCCGGCAGGAGGACCAACUGGGGCUGUCGCUGCUGACUCUGGAGCAGCUGCAGUCAGAUGAGGUGCGGGAGCGGAUCGAGCGGAUUGCCCAACAGGUCUGAGCCGGCAGCGGAUCCCGGAUCCCUGUUGGGAUCCUCCUCUGUCACCAAAGCAAACGGAUCCCCCUCCUCCAACUCCUGGAUCGGAGCUUCAUCCUCCUCGGGAAACCAGAUCCCCUUCACACACGCCAAUCGGGGGGGAUCCACACAAUUCGGAGCAGGAUCCAGAUCCCCCAGAUUUAGAGCGGGAUCUGGAUCCCCCCCAAUUUGGAGCAGGACACAGAUCCCCCAGCUCACUUGGAACAGGGCUGGGCUCCCCUUGAUUCAGAGCAGGAUCUGGAUCCACCCAAUUCAGAGCAGGAUCUGGAUGCCCCACCUAGCUCGGAACAGGGUCGUGAUCCCCCUGAUUUGGAGCAGGAUCCGGAUCCCCCUGAUUUAGGGCAGGAUCCAGAUCCCUCUGAUUCAGAGCAAGAUCCAGAUCCCCCUGAUUUGGAGCAGGAUAUGGAUCCCCCCAGUUUGGAGCAGGAUUUGCUGCAAUUCCCUAUUUUUUUGUACUUCCCUUCCCCCAAUAAACGGGGACCCCCGGCUUGUU